AUGUUGUGGUUGGGACUCGGACUCGAGAGCUACCCUAGCAUCUCCCAGGCAGUGAUCUACGCUACAGUUCCCAUCACCUCCUAUGUCGCCUACAUCGUCGUCUACCGUCUCUUCUUCCACCCGCUCGCGCAAAUCCCAGGCCCCAGGCUCGCAGCCCUCACCUUCCUCUACCAGACCUACCAUAGCUUCAAAGAUGGCAGUCGCUUCUACAAGCAGGUCGGACUCUUGCACAAGAAAUACGGCCCUAUCGUGCGCAUCACCCCCAACGAAGUCUCCUUGAGCGACCCCAAGAACUACGAGACGAUAUACUAUGUCAGGUCGAAGUACGCAAAGGAUCCAAGAUACUACGAUGCCUUUGGCAUGGAAUAUGCCUCCUUCACCUCCUGUCCCAACGAGCUGCACCGUCUCCGUCGCGAGCCAUUGAACAAGUUCUUUUCGCGGGCCAUGGUGCUGGAAUUGCAAAGCAUUGUGCAGAAGAAGGCUGACAAGCUAUGUGCUCUGAUCGCGAAGAAUUCAAAGGCGGGAGAAAUGCUGGAUAUUCACCAUGGAUGCCGUGCUGUGUCGAUUGAUGUUAUCACGGAAUAUAUGUUCAGCAAGUGCUAUGAUCUUCUUGAUGCCCCGGAUCUAGGCACCAAUUUCUUUGAGCUGGUCAGAGGCAUUGGCCCUGCGCUGUGGGUUUUCCAGCAGUGGCCAGAGCUGAGAAUCAUGAACGGCCUUCCCCCAUGGAUGUUGAAAAAAAUGAGUCCGCCUCUUGCGCAGAUCUUGAACCUGCAAGAACACGCCAAACAACAAAUCCUCGUCGCCAAAGCCGAUCUCGAGGCCGGCCGGGUCAACAAUAAAACGCGCACAACAAUCUUCCACGAACUGCUGACGCCAAAUUCCGAAGAAGGCUGGGUCCCCCCAACCCCAGAUCAGAUCAAAUACGAAGCCUAUGGCAUCUUGGCAGCAGCAGCUGAUACAACGGGCAAUGGGUUGACGACAGGAGUAUACGAGGUGAUCAAGAAUCCCAAGAUCUACGCAAAGCUCACGGCAGAAUUGAAGGCUGCAUUUCCGGAUCCAAAUGCCAAGAUAGAACUUACUGUUUUGGAACGCCUUCCAUAUCUGACUGGCGUCGUAAACGAAUCCCUCCGCCUCUCCUUCGGCGUCAUCUCCCGCCUCCCGCGCAUAGUCCCCACAGGCGGCGCCAAGUUCGAGGGCUACACCAUCCCCACCGGCUUCACGGUCUCUAUGUCCUCCUGGGUCCUGCAUCGGAACGAAGACUACUUUCCUCAUGCUCAGGAGUUCAUUCCUGAACGAUGGGCGCUGACCAGCGACAAGCAGAAGAUGUGGAAGGCGUUUGUGCCGUUUGGAAAAGGGAGCAGGAUGUGUGUUGGGAUGCCGCUUGCGUUUUGUGAGAUGUACGUGACUCUAGGGUCGAUCUUCCGAAGAUUCGAGCACUUGAAAGGCAAUGAACUAAGUGAAUACGAUUUGUUAUAUGAUGAUUUCUUUGCUAGUCAUCGGCCGAUGGAUGCUGUCAAGUUUCAUGUUAUUGAGCAGGAUUUGAAGGAAUAA